UCUCACUUGUAUCCAACUACUAAUUUCUUCUGACAGCAAGUAAAAAACAAAGGGGUCCGAGAUGGAGGCAGUCCAGACCUGGGUCUCGAAUCACAAGCUCACCAGCAUUGGAGCAAUCUGGGCAUCAGCUGUUGGGGCAUCACUGGCUUAUAAUACUUUUACUGGUGCAAAGACUCCCCUUAAGCCAAGCCUAAGGCUUAUACAUGCCAGGAUGCACGCACAAGCCUUGACACUCGCGGUGCUGUCGGGUGCAGCAGCUUACCAUUACUAUGAAAAGAACACCAGCAGCAAGCAAGAAGAAGCUGUCCAUCGCUGAUUAAAACAGAUUUCAUAUGUAACCGUGGC